AUGUUCUUUGGUGGAUUCAGGUCGUUUAUGGGAUUGGACAAGAGUUCAUCAACCUCCUCACCAACACCAACGACUACACCACCACAAUCAUCUUCCGAUAGUAAUAAUAAUAAUAGUAAUGAUCGAAACAAGGAAAAAUCAAAUGUACAGAAUAAUAAUAACAAUACUCUCAAAGUACAGCAACAAGAACAUCCGAGAAGGAAAUCAUUUAGUGAAAUGUUACAUAAUUUAAUUACGGAAAAUGAUAAUUUAAUUAGUGAUAAAUAUAAUCAUUCUGAUGAAGAAGAUAUCGAGGAAAAUAACAAACAACCAUUAAUUUUACCUCCGAAUCAUAUUGGAAUUGAAUUUAGUAUUGGAACUGUAACACUUGCAAGUGAUUUGAGUUUUACUCAAUACUUUAGUGCUUCGAUAUUUGAUACUUGUUUAACAUUUAGUGUAAAAAGAAGUGAUGAACAAGAAGAAUUAUUAGGUGAUGAAUAUAAACAAGUAGUAGCCCAUUCAUCUCGAAUUAGAAAAUCACCUCUCUCUGAUGGAUUUACAUUCAAAUGGAAAGGAGAGAAGGUUAUAUUACCAAUCCAAUUAUCAGAGGCAGAAUAUCAACAAGUUAUGACCAUUUGCAAUUCAGCUAGUAAUAAUAGUAAUGAAUCACAUUAUGUAUUUGAACAUUCUUCAUCGUUGGAGUCGAAGAAAAUUCUACCACAAAUUGCUAUGCAAUUGGAUAACAUUUCUGCCACUUCAGAAAUGCUUCACAACUAUAUAAUGAAAUGUAAACCUCAUGUUAACUUUAUUGGAGAGGCUGUGUAUGAUAUUAACAGAUUGAUGGAUUUUAGAUCUAGAUCUGUGGAUAUGAUUGAACUAUCUCUGAAACGAGGUAAAGAUAAAACAGGAGUUGUUACAAUAGGAAUGAAAUUAAUAUUACCACAAAAAUUCGAGGGUGUGAAGCACCACAUAUCACCAAAUAAUUCUUUAGAGAGCUUACAUGAUUACGAAACAAUUUCAUUUGAUGACUCGUUCAUAUUAUCCGGCCUUAAGAAGAAACCAUCAUCUGAAAAACUGACAAGCAUAUGUGACAGCAAUUUUGAUCUACCACAAAAUAAUAGUGAAAAUCUGUAUGAAGAGAGUCAUUAUGAAAUUCUGGAAGAAGUCGGAAGAGGAUCUUUUGGUAAAGUGUACAAAGCUGUAAGAAAAUCCGAUAGAGUAACAGUUGGUAUUAAGAAAAUUAAUUGUGACGAUAUCAAUAAUGCAAAUGAUGCCCUCGUUGAAUUUUGGCCAAUCAGAAAAAUCAGCUAUCCUCAAUUAAUAUCUAUACAGGACAUUUACUUUUCAAAAUCAGACAAUGAAUUCUCAUCACUAUUUACACUCUGUCUAGUAAUGGAAUACAUGGAUGAUGGAGAUUUAGAACAAUUCAUUAAUGGACACAAAGAUCAAGGCCAAACAAUUCAAGAGGCUCACCUGCUGUCUCUGAUGAUUCAAAUGUCUGCCGGUCUAAAUCAUCUUCAUUUGAAUGGGCUUCUUCACAGAGAUAUAAAACCAAAGAACAUUUUACUCAGUUCAAAAUUCAAAGAAUGUAAAAUUGGAGAUUUUGGUUUAAUUUAUAAUUUGAGAUCAUUAACCUCUAAAAAUUUGAAUGAUACAAUCUCAAGUGCAGGUACUAUCAAAUAUCAAUCACCAGAGUGUCAUAUUGGUGUUAAAGAUAUAACAGAGUUGGAUUCUAAGGAACCAAUAGCCCCUACAUCUUUAUUCAUGAAUUAUAUUUACUCCUCUGAUAUAUGGUCAAUGGGAAUAGUUUUUCUAGAGCUUGUUGGAUGUGAAAUCCUCAAUUUUUCACCAUACAUUAUGGCCAUGAAAGAUCAACAACAAUUCCACGGGCUGAUCAGAAAACGGUGUAGCAAAUAUCAUGAAGGAUUUGCCAAUCUCAUCAUAUCAAUGCUCUCUCUAGAACCUAAAGAUAGACCUGACUCUGAAAAACUUGUGAGAACUCUACUAAACCUCAAAAAAGAUAUAUUUGGCCAACAGAGGAGUGUAAAAAUCCAUCCAGUUAUUGAGAUACAUAGACAAUUACUGAGUGUUGGUAAAUCAGUGAAAGGAAUAUUUCUUGGAACCAAAGAUUCCAAAGAUGACCACCGUUCACAACAUCAACAAGAUAGCAGCACUUCCUCAAGUGAAUCAGAAAAAUCAAACAAUAACAGGAGAACACUCUCACUUCAUAGUGUAAAAGAUUUUCUCUCUGGAAUCCACAAAGUAGAUGAAGACACGCCCACCCCAGAGGAUUCAAAUCAAAACACCUCAUCAUCUAUACUCAACCGAGACGUCUUUAGCUUUGGAUUAUGGUAA